AUGGCGGCGGCACCUACCCAGAUCGAAGCCGAGCUGUAUUACCUGAUCGCUAGAUUCUUGCAAUCCGGACCCUGCAACAAAUCCGCUCAGGUGCUAGUGCAGGAACUCGAGGAGCAUCAGCUUAUUCCGCGCCGCUUAGACUGGGAGGGGAGAGAGCACCGAAGAAGCUUCGAGGAUCUGGUGGCAGCCAAUGCACACAUUCCUCCAGACUACCUCCUUAAAAUUUGUGAGCGGAUUGGUCCCUUACUAGAUAAGGAGAUCCCUCAGAGUGUUCCUGGGGUACAGACGUUACUCGGUGUUGGUCGGCAGUCUCUGUUAAGGGAUGCCAAAGACUGUAAGAGUACACUAUGGAAUGGCUCUGCUUUUGCAGCUCUACAUAGAGGCAGACCUCCAGAACUACCUGUAAAUUAUGUGAAACCUCCAAAUGUGGUGAAUAUCACCUCAGCCAGGCAAUUAACCGGAUGUAGUCGUUUCAGCCAUAUUUUCCCUUCAGCUGCUUACCAGCACAUUAAGAUGCAUAAGAGAAUUCUGGGUCACUUGUCAUCUGUCUACUGUGUAGCAUUUGACAGAAGUGGGAGAAGAAUUUUUACAGGUUCUGAUGACUGUUUGGUGAAAAUCUGGGCAACAGAUGAUGGACGCCUUCUUGCUACACUUCGAGGGCACUCUGCUGAAAUUUCUGACAUGGCUGUUAACUAUGAAAAUACUCUCAUUGCCGCAGGCAGCUGUGAUAAAGUUGUAAGAGUGUGGUGUCUUCGAACUUGUGCACCAGUUGCAGUCCUUCAGGGACAUUCAGCUUCUAUCACUUCCAUACAGUUUUGUCCAUCAACUAAAGGCACAACCAGAUACCUCACUUCUACUGGUGCUGAUGGAACAAUCUGUUUCUGGCAAUGGCAUGUGAAAACAAUGAAGUUUAAAGAUCGCCCAGUGAAAUUUACUGAGAGAUCUAGACCUGGAGUUCAGAUAUCUUGUUCAUCUUUCAGUUCUGGUGGUAUGUUCAUUACAACAGGUAGCACUGACCAUGUGAUUAGAAUAUAUUAUUUGGGUUCUGAGAUCCCUGAGAAAAUUGCUGAAUUAGAGUCACAUACGGACAAAGUUGUUGCUGUUCAGUUCUGUAACAAUGGAGACAGUUUAAGAUUUGUUAGUGGAAGUAGAGAUGGAACAGCAAGAAUUUGGCAAUAUCAGCAACAAGAAUGGAAGAGUAUAGUACUAGAUAUGGCUACGAAAAUGACUGGGAACAAUUUGUCAUCUGGAGAAGACAAGGUCACUAAACUUAAGGUGACUAUGGUGGCCUGGGAUCGAUACGACACCACAGUGAUUACUGCAGUGAACAAUUUCCUUUUAAAAGUAUGGAAUUCUAUCACAGGCCAACUUCUUCAUACUUUAUCCGGACAUGAUGAUGAAGUAUUUGUUUUGGAAGCACAUCCAUUUGAUCAAAGGAUCAUACUCUCAGCAGGUCAUGAUGGGAACAUUUUUAUUUGGGACCUUGACCGGGGGACCAAAAUUCGGAAUUAUUUUAACAUGAUUGAAGGCCAAGGCCAUGGUGCAGUGUUUGACUGUAAAUUUUCACCAGAUGGAAACCAUUUUGCCUGCACUGAUUCGCAUGGGCAUUUGCUGCUGUUUGGAUUUGGAUGCAGUAAAUACUAUGAAAAGAUUCCAGAUCAGAUGUUCUUCCAUACUGAUUAUCGGCCUCUUAUCCGUGAUGCCAACAACUAUGUAUUGGAUGAACAAACCCAACAAGCUCCUCAUCUCAUGCCUCCACCAUUUUUGGUGGAUGUUGAUGGAAAUCCUCAUCCCACAAAAUUUCAAAGACUGGUACCAGGACGGGAAAAUUGUAAAGAUGAACAGCUUAUACCACAGCUGGGAUAUGUGGCUAAUGGUGAUGGUGAAGUAGUAGAACAGGUAAUUGGGCAACAAACCAAUGAUCAAGAUGAGAGCAUUCUUGAUGGAAUAAUCAGGGAGUUACAAAGAGAACAAGAUCUGAGACUAAUUAAUGAAGGAGAUGCUCCACAUUUUCCAAUUAAUAGAUCAUAUUCUGCUAAUGGUGCUCUGAGAAAUCCAGAUAUGGACAUAUCUUCUUCCCCAAAUAUUGGACUGCGACGUAGUGGUCAGAUUGAAGGUGUCCGACAAAUGCAUAACAAUGCUCCUAGAAGCCAGAUGGCCACUGAACGAGAUCUCAUGGCAUGGAGCAGAAGAGUGGUAGUCAAUGAGCUAAAUAAUGGGGUUAGUAGGGUUCAGGAAGAAUGUCGAACUGUAAAAGGUGACAUAGAAAUCAGUCUUUAUACAGUUGAAAAGAAGAAAAAACCAUCUUAUACUAACCAAAGGAGUGAUUAUCAGCCUAGCUAUGGGCGGUCUUUACGAAGGACACAACGCAAACGACAGCAUACUUACCAAACACGAUCCAACAUAGAGCAUAAUUCACGAGCAUCAUGUCAAAAUUCAGGUGUACAGGAAGACUCAGAUAGCUCCUCAGAGGAAGAUGAAACAGUUGGCACAAGUGAUGCUUCUAUAGAGGAUCCUGUUAUUGAAUGGCAAAGUGAAAGUUCCUCCAGUGAUUCAUCAAGUGAAUAUUCUGAUUGGACAGCAGAUGCUGGAAUAAAUUUGCAACCUCCAAAAAGGCAAACAAGACAGGCAACACAGAAAAUAUGCAGCAGCUCUGAGGAGGAAAAUUUGAAGUCACUUGAAGAAAGGCAGAAGAAACCUAAACAGACUAGAAAGAAGGUUUUUUCUAUGGCAGGAGAGCCCAAUGAAGAAUGGUUUGCCCCUCAGUGGAUCUUAGAUACCAUACCACGACGUUCACCAUUUGUCCCACAGAUGGGAGAUGAGCUUAUAUAUUUUAGGCAAGGACAUGAAGCUUAUGUACGGGCUGUAAGAAAAUCAAAAACAUACAGCGUUAAUUUACAAAAACAGCCAUGGAAUAAAAUGGAUCUCAGGGAACAAGAGUUUGUUAAGAUUGUAGGAAUCAAAUAUGAGGUUGGACCACCUACACUAUGCUGCUUGAAGCUUGCAUUUCUGGACCCCAUUUCAGGCAAAAUGACUGGAGAAUCUUUUUCCAUUAAGUAUCAUGACAUGCCAGAUGUCAUUGACUUCCUUGUGCUACAUCAGUUUUAUAAUGAAGCCAAAGAAAGGAACUGGCAGAUAGGUGAUAGAUUCCGCAGUAUAAUAGAUGACGCCUGGUGGUUUGGGACUGUGGAAAGUCAGCAACCUUUUCAACCAGAGUAUCCUGAUAGUUCUUUCCAGUGUUACAGUGUUCACUGGGACAAUAAUGAGAGAGAAAAGAUGAGCCCCUGGGAUAUGGAGCCAAUUCCAGAAGGAACUGCCUUUCCAGAUGAAGUUGGUGCUGGUGUUCCUGUGUCCCAGGAGGAACUGACUGCUUUGCUAUACAAACCUCAGGAAGGAGAGUGGGGGGCUCAUUCCAGAGAUGAGGAAUGUGAACGAGUUAUUCAGGGAAUCAACCACCUUCUUUCCCUGGAUUUUGCCAGCCCUUUUGCUGUUCCAGUGGAUCUCAGUGCCUACCCCUUGUAUUGUACUGUAGUUGCUUAUCCAACUGACCUCAACACCAUCAGGCGGAGACUUGAAAAUCGCUUUUACAGGAGAAUAUCAGCAUUAAUGUGGGAAGUACGCUAUAUUGAGCAUAAUGCUAGGACUUUCAAUGAGCCAGACAGUCCUAUAGUUAAAGCAGCCAAAAUUGUAACUGAUGUCUUACUUCGAUUUAUUGGGGACCAGAGCUGUACUGAUAUACUGGAUACUUACAAUAAAAUUAAAGCAGAAGAACUAAACAGUACUGAUGCAGAGGAGGAUACAGAAAUGGUUGAUUUAGAUUCAGAUGGACCUGGUACUUCAUCUGGAAGAAGGGUCAAAUGCCGAGGCAGAAGACAGUCUUUAAGGUGUAAUCCCGAUGCUUGGAGAAAACAGUGCAAAGAACUGUUGGGCCUCAUUUAUGAACGUGAAGACUCAGAGCCCUUUCGACAACCAUCUGAUCCUCUUUCCUACCCAGAUCAUCAUGAUGUUAUAGACACUCCUAUGGACUUCAGCACUGUGAAAGAAACAUUGGAAACAGGAAACUAUGGUAGUCCUCUGGAAUUUUAUAAGGAUGUUCGCCAAAUAUUCAGCAACUCCAAAGCUUACACCUCUAAUAAAAAGUCACGGGUAUGA